AGGAGGAGAAGAAAGGAAUAGGGGCGAUGAAAGAAAAGUGGAAAAGAGAGCAGGCGGAGGAAGACAAAGUCAGCAGGACGAGAGAGACACAUGGAUGAUGAUGAUGAGGAUGAAGAUGAGGAUGGUGAUGGGGAUCCCGAUGCUCCUCCUGCUCCCGCGGCUCCUCUUCUCCUCACCUCCGCCUUCUCCACCUCCGCCUCGCAUUGCUGGCCUCAGCCGCCGCCGACCAGCACAGCCAGUGCGACGCAGAGACACGGAGCCCGCCCGCCCCCUCCCCCCGCCGCGGCCCCACACUGCGCCUGCCCGCUCCUCCCGCCCGGCCCCGGGCGCAGACACCGGCCCCGCCGGCGCUGACCUCACGGGCUGGCGGCCGCGCCGGGCUGCGGGGAAAGCGCGGAGCGGCGCGACGGGACGGGACGGGACGCGGUGCCACGGGGCGCCCCGCACGCCCACCCCGCACCGCGGGGACCGGCCAACCCGCUGGCUUCCCCCACCCUCGUUGUUUUUUAUAUAUUUUAUGUUCCCGGUGGAGAAGGAAAAUCAAACAGAGCCCCCAUCGGGCAUGAAAGCGGCAGCUUCGCUUCGGGGUGCCCCUUAUCCCCGUCCCCGCACGUCAGCGGCUGCGGGGGCAGCGCUUGCUCCUCCCGAGCCCCGGGGAGCCGGGGCAGGGCUGGCUGCAGCCCGGGGGUGCAGGGACCCCCUCCCCCCCCCCCGUGUCUGCGGCUCCGGGCGGGGGUGAAGGCAGCGAGCUGCGGGGAGCCGCGGCCGCCCCGGGGGAGGGGAGGGAGGGAGCAGAGUUCAGCGAUGUGUGCGAGGGAGACAAAGUCUGGGGAGCGUGGCCGCUUUCCAGCAGCCCCGGCUGGAACAGCUGCGGCCGCUCGGGACGGCGGGAGGGGCCUCUCCCGGGCGGGGGCCGAGCUGGCUGCCUGCCCGCCCGGCUGCGCCGCGGCUCGGGGCGGGGUUAAGCCUCAUUACACGGGAUUUAACGUG